CACGAGAUUCUGGUCUCUCUUGAUUUUUGCCUCCUUCUCUCGCCUCUACUUCUCCCGAAUCCCAUCGAAAUCCACACAAUUUUUUCUUUUUUUACUUCCCUCGUCCUCCACCGGCUUCUCUCCACAAACCCAAUUCUCCGGCGCCGUCUGCUGCAUCCUCCGGAGGCGGGAUUUUCCCGGUUAACGACUUUACUUCAUAGCUGUUGUGUCUCACCUUCUUGAGCGCGAUUGUAUGGAAUCACUGGACCUCGCUGCUUCCCGCUGAUUCUCGACGAGUUCAGCUGAGUUGACUUUUUUCGUGCGAGUCCGAUGGAUUGGAGCCGCUGGGUCGUCGCCUUCGUUACGUUCUUCUGCUUGGUUCCUGGACUUGGCGCCAGCGAUGGCGAUGCCGAUCCGAUUUACAAGAGCUGCGUGGAGGAGUGCCAGACAACGGGAUGCGUGGGCAAGAAAUGCUUCCAGCACUGCAAAUUAUCGUCUGAUGGGAAACCGAUUGACGGGCCUUGGUAUCAUCAGGAGCCGCUUUAUCAGCGGUGGAAACAAUGGGACUGUCAAAGCGACUGUCAAUACCAUUGCAUGAUUUCCAGGGAGGAUGAAAGGUCGGAACUUGGUCUUAAACCUGUCAAGUACCAUGGGAGAUGGCCCUUUCAUCGUGUUUAUGGCAUCCAGGAACCAGUUUCUGUUGCUCUGACUGCAGUCAUUCUUGCUCUUCAGUUUCAUGGGUGGAUAUCCUUUUUCAUCCUUGUAUACUACAAGCUGCCACUGAGGCCCGAUAAGAAGACUUACUAUGAGUACACUGGCUUGUGGCACAUCUAUGCUUUCUUGUACAUGAAUGCCUGGCUCUGGUGUGCUGUUUAUCACACUCGGGAUGUGGUGUUGACCGAGAAACUGUAUUUUUCCUCUACCGUGGCCUGGGUUGGCUUCUCUCUUAUUUUGGCAACAUUCCGGGCUUUCAAUAUAAGAGAUGAAGCCGCCAGAGUCAUGAUUGCUGCCCCAGUGAUUGCUUUUGUCACCACACAUAUCCUGUACUUGAACUUCUAUAACUUUGACAAAGGUCUGAAUGCCAAAGUAAGUGGGGCAAUGACCCUAGUUCAGGUUCUCAUAUGGCUCGUCUGGGCUACAAGCUCGCGCCAUCCAUCGAGGUGGAAGCUGUGGCUGGUAGUUCUUGUGGGAGGAAGUCUAUCCAUGCUCGUGGAAGUAUAUGACUUCCCACCACUUGGGAGGUACGUGGAUGCUCGAGCCAUCUGGCACGUUGCAGCCAUUCCCCUCGGGUACAUCUGGUGGAGCUUUGUGAGAGAUGAUGCUGAGUUUAGGACAUCAAGCCUGCUGAAGAAGACCAAGUAAAUGUUUCUCUACCCAAAAGCUUUGCUUGCUGUAAAGUGGGAAGGUGGAUUGUAUUAUUUUACCAGAACGCAUCCAUUCCAGGGAGGUGGUGGUGGUGGACUGGUGGUGGAUGAGUUGGAAAAAAGUUUGUUCUCCUUUGUUUUUCCUUGCCAAUGCAGUUUGGUUGUCAUUGAUCAGAAUAUGCAUUGUCAAGAUUGGUCUCCUUUUUCUUUGUUUGGUUUUGGAAAUUCCUUUCUUUGGUUGUUUUGGUGAUGAUUAGUUUAUUUACCAACUGCAAAUAUGUUGGUUAUAACGGUUUCUGUACGUAAGGCGAAGUUUCUGCUUUUGGGUUGUCUGUCUUUUUUGUAGCCUUCACUGGCUGUUGCUUCUGCUUCUUCUUCAUAGGAAGAACUUGGGGAUGUUGGAUCAAAUCUUUUAUUCUAGUGUAAAUUUGUGUUCAUUACUUUUGAUCUCCUGUCCUGUUUGAUUUGAUUGAAAUCAUAAAUUGGAGCUAUUCAUGUUUUCAGCUGCUUGUAUGUGUUUUUGCUUAACAGUGACUUCUCCAAAGCUAACCCAAGAGAGAAAACUGAAAAGCAAAAGGGAAAGUACUCCAAAUCGGAAAAUCUUGUCAAUCUGAAAUUUCUGUCUGUUUAUUUGUUGCUGAAACCCAAUCUGGCCCAGUUGGCUAAUGGGCUUUGAUUUGGUAAUGUCAAGCAGUCCAUGAUUGAAAUUUGGCAAAAUACAACUUCAUAGCCAUAACUAUCCACUUUAGGACAAUAAUAGCCAAAUUCUGAAAAAUACACAAAUAUAGCCCGCUUUUAAAAAUUAGUUUGACAAAUUUAGCCAUUUCUGUUAGAAACUUUAACUCCGUUAACUUUUUGCUGAUGUUAACUUUUUGCUGAUGUGAACAUACACGUCAUCAAAUGCAACCUACUUAUCAGAUCCACAUCACCUACGUGUCUGCCACCUCAGUUUAAAUUAUUAUCUAGUUAUUUUUUUUUUCCAUUCUCCUUUCCCCUUCCUUCCACACGAGAUCUAAAACGCAGACCGUCGGCCGUCACUCGCCGACCUCCUACCGUCGAUAAAAAUUCCGGUUCUAGAAUCCCUCGUCCUCUCCUUCUUCUCUCCCGACGACCUCCCAGUCCCCACUACCCGGAGCUGCUAUGAAAAGUAGCUUCUGCCGCAAAACCAUCACAUCUCUUCCUACCAUUUUCAUAUCAAACCCUCCAAAAAACAUAGUCCCCUGUUCUGACCCUUUCUCGUUUACAUAUUCCCAAACCUAAUCCCGACGACAAUGUCGAACACCUGAUUUCGUCAAAGAAAACCCAUAAUCAAAACCCCAAAUUAACAAUCAUGUUUUCGUUGCCCAUCCUCCUUAUCUCCCCCUUUCCUGCAACAAAAAUCCCAAAACCCAUAAAUCCCCAACUCUCCAGAUGGACCUUCCUUCCUCGAUCUGUGAGUCCGAGACAUAGGAGACGGCAAGAAAGCCAAGAAGCCCCAACGAUGUCGUCGUUCGCAGUGGUGCUACCCAGAUCCAUUCAUCAUCGUUGGAAGCCGCCACGCCGCACGAGAGCAGAAACAAAUCCACAAAUCAAAAUCUGUUAUGGAAGAGGAGGGAAGAGCACAAGCGGUUGUCUUCGCCGCCAUGGAGAUGAUGCAUGGCUACCUUUGUCGAAGCCGGAACAGAGGUGGAGAAGUGAAUCGGGAAGACGAGCUGGGCCAAAUUGAGGGGUGAAUCGACGGAUGGGUGGAUUGGCGGAUGAGUGUGUUCGUUGAUUGAGUGCCGCCUUCGAUCUGGAGUGAUGGGGAGGGGUCUCAGGGAGAAGAUCGGGACGGAUCUAGGGUAGAUGGAAAGAAAUACUUUUUUGUUUGAAUGAUUAGCUUCCAAUUAGCUAAAGCGGAGAUGGAAAGAAGAUGGAGGGGUUUCAGUGUGCACGACUUUUCAAUUUUCUUUUUUAUUAUUUUAUUUUAAAUAUAAUUAUAAUAAUAAC